UGUCUUCUCAGCCCAUAUACCUACUCCCUUCCCUUUGCUGCCUUUCAGCAGCUAGCCAGCCGACUUAGCGGGAGCGAGCCACUAACCCUCUCAGUAGCCAAGGGAGCUGUUGCUGCCGGGUCGCGCGAGCCAGAAAUAUGUCCGACAACAAGAAGCAAAGGAUGAAUCUCCAUAAGUCUACGAAUGUGGUAUACCAAGCUCAUCAUGUUAGCAGAAGUAAGAGAGGACAAAUUGUGGGCACCAGAGGUGGAUUUCGUGGCUGUACAGUAUGGCUAACAGGUCUUUCCGGUGCUGGUAAGACAACCAUUGGAUUUGCACUUGAAGAAUACCUUGUGUCUCACGGCAUCCCUUGUUACUCCCUUGAUGGAGAUAACAUUCGCCACGGUCUCAACAAAAAUCUAGGUUUCUCUGCUGAUGACCGAGAAGAAAACAUCCGCCGAAUUGCUGAAGUAGCCAAGCUGUUUGCUGAUGCUGGCCUGGUUUGCAUAACUAGUUUCAUUUCUCCUUACUCAAAGGAUCGACAGAACGCACGGAAGAUCCUUGAGUCGUCUGGACUCCCUUUCUUUGAAGUCUUUGUGGAUGCACCUCUGAACAUAUGUGAGAGCAGGGACGUGAAAGGACUUUACAAGAAAGCACGAGCUGGAGAAAUCAAAGGUUUCACUGGAAUUGACUCAGAAUAUGAAAAACCAGAAGCACCUGAACUUGUAUUGAAAACCAACAUUUAUUCAGUGACUGAGUGCAUUCAGAACAUUGUGGAACUCUUACAAGAACAGAGCAUUGUUCCUCCAACUGCGAUCAAGGAUGUUCUUGAACUGUUUGUACCUGAAAAUAAAGUUGAACAAGCACGGGCUGAAGCCAAUACACUGCCUUCUGUAAAGAUCACCAAGUUGGAUCUACAGUGGGUUCAAGUCCUAAGUGAAGGUUGGGCAACCCCAUUGAAAGGGUUCAUGCGGGAGAGAGAAUACUUGCAAGUUAUCCAUUUUGGCACCUUGCUUGAUGGAAGGGGUAGAGUUGAUAUAUCCGAGCUUGAUGGUGUGAUUAACCUGAGCAUUCCCAUCGUACUUCCGAUAUCUACAGAAGACAAGAAACGCCUGGAAGGCUGCAGUGCAUUUACACUGGAAUACAAUGGGAGGAGGGUGGCAAUACUAAAAAAUCCGGAAUUUUUUGAGCACAGGAAGGAAGAACGCUGUGCGCGUAUUUGGGGGACCACGUGUGCAAAGCACCCCCAUGUGAAAAUGGUGAUGGAAAGUGGAGAUUGGUUGGCUGGUGGAGACCUCCUUGUGUUAGAGAGAAUAAAGUGGAAUGAUGGGCUGGACCAGUACCGUUUGACACCCUUGGAGCUGAGACAGAAGUUUACAGAAAUGAAUGCUGAUGCAGUGUUUGCUUUCCAGCUGCGCAAUCCUGUGCACAACGGACAUGCUCUGCUCAUGCAGGACACCAAGCACCACCUGCUAGAAAUAGGCUAUAAGCAUCCUGUGCUGCUCCUGCAUCCUCUCGGCGGAUGGACCAAAGACGACGAUGUGCCCCUCGAUUGGCGCAUGAAGCAGCACGCUGCCGUGCUGGAGGAGCAUGUCCUGGAUCCUAAGUCCACGAUUGUUGCCAUUUUCCCUUCUCCAAUGUUGUAUGCUGGACCAACAGAGGUCCAGUGGCACUGCAGAGCUCGAAUGAUUGCUGGAGCCAAUUUCUACAUUGUGGGCCGAGAUCCAGCAGGUAUGCCCCACCCGGAGACCAAGAAAGAUCUGUAUGAACCCACACAAGGCGGAAAGGUGCUCAGUAUGGCUCCAGGACUGAACUCAGUAGAAAUCAUUCCCUUCCGAGUAGCUGCCUACAACAAAGUCCAGAAGGCGAUGGUUUUCUAUGAUCAGGACAGGCACAAUGAAUUUGACUUCAUUUCUGGCACACGCAUGAGGAAGCUGGCUCGUGAAGGUGAAAAUCCCCCUGAUGGAUUCAUGGCACCAAAAGCAUGGAAAGUGCUGACAGAAUACUAUAUGUCCCUGGGGAAAAAUAAUUAAUUCUGCUUUUACCCAAGAGUGCCUUUGUUUUAAAGAUGGGUGCCAAUUGAUUUAGAUGCUAUUAUACUUCAUCUACUUUGCAUUUUUCUACUCUGUAUGUGGGCAUUUCUUCCCUAGGCCAAACAUUGGUUCUGGCCCAGCUUUCCCCUCUCUGGAAUUAUUAGGGAAUUUCUUCUUAAUUUCAAAGGAAAGCCAUGGAAGAGAUUUUACUGUACAUAUUAAAAAUAGAUCUAGAUUAUGGAACUCCAAAGCCAUAUUGUGAUUUGUCAGAGAUUUUGGGAAGAGGGAUGCCUUAACUGUGCAGCUGAAGACUAUCCUGCUAUUUGCCUGUUCUUCUUUGAUGCUUUUAAUUGGCUGCAUACAUCAAGCAAGGGAUCAAGGAUAAGACUUUAUUCCUCUUUUUCUUCUUUUUAAGAGGCAGUCCAUUGAAAGCUUAGUUUCUGCCUAAUUCCACCAUGGCCUUUCAUUUCCAUUUUUGUGGUUUCAUGACCUAUUGUUAUUUUAAUUAUGAUGGUUAUUAAGAUUUGGUAUUAACCUCAUCAACCUCUCUUAGUAAGGGCAAGAAACCACAGAAUCCUCUUACCGUUUCAGGUUAAAAAGGCUGACCAGUUUUUAGACCAGUUUUCAAACUGUUCCAGGGAACUUGGGGGAUUUCACCACCUCACUCUGACAUUGAGUGGACAAGCUUCUCUGAAAGAAAACAUGCUUACCACAACCCAUCUUCUCCUGCAACCUGGAGGAGUUUGGAGUGUGUUCUAGCUCACAAUUGCAGUUCAAACCAUGCAACUGUGAGACCCAGUAGAAUAAAUCAUUAUUCCACACAAAUGGAAUAUAGGACGUGUCCCAGAAUCCUCUGUGAGACACUAGAUUUCCAUGGCAGUUGAAUUGUUCUGGAAACUGUUUCCUAAAGGCAGACAAUUGACAACUGCUGAUUUAGAUAGUCACUUACCCUGAUCUGAAACAAACAAGAAAGCAGAUUCAUUUGUUGCUGUUGGAGAAUUUAAAUUAUAAUGCCAGGCAGCUUAGCUUUCUGCCUUCCAAGUUCAGUGGGUUCUUAGUUCUGGAAACUGUCUGCAUGAGGAACUUAUUCACCAAAAGGCAGCAUGGAUCAGAAGAGGAAAUGCAACAGUAAAGUCUCCAAGGGAGAAGAACAGAGAGCUCUGCAGGACACAGGCACUGUUUACCUCGGAAAAGCUUUGCGUUCUUCAUCUUUAACUGACUUGAUCGUGUAUUUUAAAUCCUUUCUACACAAUCAUGUUCCUGUAAAGACAGGAGCUGAGAUUUUGAUGAAUCAACAUUCUGGGCUGCAUUCCACGUUCUGCACAUGAUAAUAGCGUGAGCACAAAGUUACCUUUUAGCAGAAGUAACCUCUUUUCUAGAUUACUGGUAGUUAAGAGGUCACUAACAAUGCUUUCUGUCUUAUUACCUCAAACAUGAAUGCUAAUUUUGGUGUAUCAUAAUAUGCCUUUGUGAUUUUUGUUUUCUAUUUUAUGAAGACAAAAUCUAUGGUUACAGUUGUGCAAUAAUACUGCUAAACUGGUGUCAUGUCAUAGCUAAGAGAUUGAGCUAUGAAUUUCCCUGAGUCACGAACUCAAUAGGUAGCGUUAGGUAAGCUAUUAUUCUCUCUGCCUUAGCUUCUCCUGAUGCAACACAUGGGGAUGUCAAUACUUGCCUAGCUUACAAGGUUGUUGUAAGGAUUGUGAGAUAAUAUAUGAGAUGCUUUGAACAUUCUGCGGUACUAUAUACAUGCUAUUAUUACUUUUCAACCUCUGUAGGUAGUUCUAGUAUGAGAUGUGCCCUCCCUCAAACAUUUCUGGACAUUUGGACAUGACAGACACAAACCUUGCUGCUGCUAUGAUUGAACCAGGGUGUUGUGCUUUGAUGUCUACACCAGAAAUCUAGGGCUGUUGGCUGACCUGCUGCAUUCAACCCAUGAAUCUCUUGGGUAUAGCCUGCCCUGCUGGGCCAUCUCAAAACAAUUUGCUUCCUGAGGCAAAGGAGCAGACGGUGCUCCCUAUUCCAUAUACCAAAACAGACUGGACUGCCAGUUAAAUUUUAUUUCAUUUCUGCUGGCGGGAUAGCAUCCUGGACUGUACUUCAGGCAGGCAACUACUUUACGGGCCCAGGGCAGGUUGUGUGGCAAACACAGUUCUGUCCUUUCACAAAUGGGAAUGACCCUGGUAUAUAAGAUUACUGAAAGCAUUAUGUUCCAGGACUUCCCCGACCAGGCACCAUCCAGUUGUUUUGGACUAUAACUCUCAUCAUCCAUGACAACUGGUCUUACCAAUUGGGGAAUAUGGUGGUUGUAGUCUGAAAAAUCUGGAGGACACCAGGUUGGGAAAGGCUGCCCUAGGCGGAAGGAGGGUUACGACAGAGCCACCACCCAAUCACCAGGGCUGUUCUUUUCUUUCUUUCCUUUUCCAUUGCUUCCUGUGACGAGGAAUUUACUAUACCAGUUCUUAGGCUGGCAUAGAUUCUAGUUCUAUGAGAUAGAGAGGGGAAGGAUUCUGCCCACAACAGGGCAAAGCUCCACUGUCAUUCAGGAGGGACCGCCGUGGCAGAGGGGGGAGUCCACAGUAGUCUAUGGCCCCCUGGGACACCCUCUCAGAUACCAGUGCUGCACCUUAAAAAUGGUUUGUAAUGUCAUAUAACAGGUUAGUAAGAAUACCCCAAGCAAGAUCUAUUGACCUGUAGAAUGAGCACCCUGCGCUUUCCUGUAUGUGCUGAUCCCACAGUAGACUGGGGAUUCUUUUCUUCUCCUGCUGUGCUGCUAUGCCUCCCUUCCUCAUGUGGAGAACUGAGCCAGGCUAAGAGAGAACAUAGGGCAAUGGAUUGGAGUAUGGCCACACUUUAGCCAAGCAUUUAUAUAAAAUAAAAUAGCAAGUUUUUAAUAUCUAUCUCCCUUUUCAACAUUUUCUAGAAAGAAAACAAUCGUUUUUAAAAGGUUGUGACGUAUCUCUUUUUUUCUGUAGAAUUGUGCAACAAAUACAUUUUUUUACACACUUGAAAUUGUAUUUGAGAACACUUUUUAAACAUUUCCAGCUUUUAAUGCUUUUGGAUCUUUAGGACAAAAGAAUUAAAAUUGUGUAUUUAUAUUUUGUGUAAAAUUAAUGCAGCCACUGAGCAGAACACACCAAGUAGGCAACCUGCACUCAAUACAAGAAGGUUGCGUGAGCUCUCCUAUCAGCUGCACUGAAUUAAAUAGAGAUUGAGCAUCAGCAAUGCUUAGUGGAUGGCCUCCGUUGCAACAUUGCUAGCCAAUGUAUAUUAGCAACAGUGCCUUUAUAUCCAAGACUUCUGGAAGGGAUGUUGAAGAUCUUGCCAUUUUGUAAUUAAAUUGAUAUUUUUUAAAAGUGCAGUUACAUUUUCUUUUUACAACUUUAUAAUACUAUGUUCAUCAUCAGUCCAAAUAUACAUUGUACUAUUCCUUUUAAAUUUUUUAAAUAUAUAUCCAGUAAUAUUUUAUAGCAUAUUUAUUACACAUAUGUAACUGAAAUGUAUGCCUUAACUGAUACAUCUCUUGAUUAAAGUAUCUUCUCAAUCUGA